GUUUAGAAAACUGCUAGUGCAGACCCAUCUGAAGUGACACGCCUAAAGGUUUGGGUUAAGUCACGUACUAAGAAAGAUGGUACACCAGUGAAUACGAAUGCUGCUGAAAAGAUUGUGAGUUAUUUUGCUUCUAAUGAUUUGCAUUUUGGCAUUUGAAUCACACUUGAUAUUUUAAUAUGUAUCUUAUGAGUUUCAGAAAAAGGCAGAGGAGAUUGUUAACAGUGAUAAUCCAUCACAUGCAACAAAUGAAGCACAAGAUUCACUAAGCCAACUGUUAGGGCCUGACAAUCCUGGUAGAAUGAGAGCAAUGGGUCGCAAUAUGAAUAAGACCAAGUUAGCUUGUUUCCAAGUGAAGCACAAGUGUAUGGCUGAAAUGCAAGAGAAUCAGCUUCAUCUCCAGAAGAAGGUCAAUGAGCUACAAGAUGUAAUUGAGAAAAUGAAGAACCAGGUUAGUGCACUUAACUAUUUAUAUCUAUUUAUAUAAAGCAGCUUUAUAUAUAUAACAUUUGACUUCUUUUCUUUUUUUUUGUAACAGAGACAAUCACCUGAAGUAGGUGAAAACUCAGCUGCAAGAGUAAGUCACUCAUAUCAGAUGCUUUGAUUUAUUCUAACAGAUACAAUCACCUGAUAUUUUGUCUACCUAUUGUUUUUACAGAGUGUGAACAAAAAAUCACAACCAAAAUGUGUCUUACUUGAUUGGGCUGGUUCUAAUGUAAAAGUUGCUGAGGGAUGUAUUAUUUCUUCUGAUCCGGGUGAAUUAGUUAAUGACUGUCCCUUAGGCCCUACGGAUGUUAAAGUCUUGAUUGACACUGCUAUUGAACCAGAAGCAUUCCUUUGGAGACCUGCGGCUAACAUGUUCACCAUUGAGAAAGCUGUUGGACAUAUGAUUGCAUGGCCUGCUGCUAUGUGUGUUAACCUAGAAGAGGAUCUCCAACAAGAAGACAUUGAAGCCCAGGGACCAAGACCUAACUCUGUGAACAAAUGCAAACUACUGGAUUUGUCUUCAGAUGAGGUUGUUGUUGCAGAAGGACGUUGGCAGACACAAGAACACAACGCAUUAGUCAAUGGGCUUCCUCUCGGGCCAGCAGCAGUAAAGAUAUUUGUCGAUGCAGUUCUUCAACCAGAGACUUUUAUAUGGAGGCCAACGAUGGAUGUGACAUACUUUGAGGACUGUUUAAUGUCUUAUGUAGCAUGGCCUGUCCACAAAGUGAUCUUUGAAAACCAUACAGAUGCAACAUGUCAGAAAUCUCCACUUCAGACUUCUGCUGCAAGAGGAAAAUCACCAUUGGAAGCAGCAGCAUCAGUAGGAAAAUCAGCAGCAUCAGAGAAAGCAGCAGCAUCAGGGAAAGCAGCAGCAUCAGGGAAAGCAGCAGCAACAGGUUCACAAACUACAGCAGCAUCAGGGAAAGCAGCAGGAUCAGGUUCACAAACUGCAGCAGCAGGUUAUAAGCCAUCCCUUGAGAUAUCUACAACAAAAGGUACAAAAUCCGUUGCAACAGUUUCAAAAGCUCUAGCUGAGAAGUCCACAGCUACAGGUUCAAAGUCUUUUGUCAAGAAAAGUCAGCUGCUGGAUUCACAACUCCCUCUGAGAAGAUCUCCGGUAUUUUGUUUAUUGUUUUUACCUAUUGAAUCUGGUUAUUUUUCUACAUGCAUUAAACCUGGUUUAUAUUGUAACAUUGCAGCGUAAAAGUGUAGCUGAAGUUAUCAAGGCCAAUCAGAAGUGUAAGUUAAUGGAUAUUAGUGGAAAGAAGCAGGUGGUUGCUGAAGGACGUGUGCAUUCAAUCGACCCAGACCUAAAGGUACACCAUGUUCGCUUGGGGGCUAAUGCAGCUAGAGUUUGGGUGGAUAUAGUGAAAAUAGAUGAUGCAGCAGUUUGGAGGCCAUCAGAUGAAAUCGAGUAUAUGAGAGAUUCACUUGGUUCAGCUAUUGCAUGGCCAAUGGAUAAGUUGGUCAUCUAUUGAGUUUAAGAAUAAACUGGGGUAAGUUUUGUGAUUACUGUGAUCCUUGUACUUUCGUAUUAUAUCUGAAACUGAAAGGAGACAUUGUUGAUUAUUGCAGGGAAUGAAGACACUUUGGUCCAGGUUAGCUAGUUUAAAUUAGUUUAGGACUAGACUAAUCAACUUGUGUU